GAAUUGAUCGUAUUAUACAUUCGGAUUUAAUUCGUGCACGACAAACUACAGCUGGUGUUUUAAUUGGUUUAGAAAAUAAUGUCGAUAAUCUAUUUGAUUCAUCAGAAAUAGUUAAACUUGUUCUACCGGAUCCAUCUAGAUUGGAUGAUCCGAAAUCAUGCCCAAUUCCAAAAAAAUCCAAUGAAAAAGAUACGAUCUCAUUGGUUAAAUCUGAUUCUCUCAUGAAAAAAUCAAUGAUCGAUGAUCCGUAUACACCUUAUAGGAAUGCUACAUUCGAUUGUCAAUUAUCACGUUAUUUAACUGAAGGUCCACCGCCUGUUGCGCCGGAACCAGCAACAUCUUCUACAAAAAAAUCCGAUCCUAUACGUUCAACCGACGGGUUACGUAUUGAUAAAGGCUAUCAAGUACAUUUACAUCGUCAACCUAUUACAAAUCAAGGUAUUAUUGCUUAUAAUGGUACUGUAAGCUGUCCAAUUGACAAUUGUUGCGCUAAUUCUAAACAAUAUCCACUGAAUGCCUACAUACAAUGUAACUGUUCAUGUCAUCGUAUUAUAAAACAUCAACCAAUUGAAACUAUAGUAUUUAUUGGUCAUGCAAAUGUAUUACGUUAUUGGUUAUGUAAAUUAUUACAACUGCCUACUGAAGGAUGGUUACGUUUAAGUUUAGGACAUGGUAGUAUUAGUACAUUAAUGAUUACAAAUGACCAGUUCACUUCGCGCCAUGAUCCAUAUACACAACAAGACAAGGAAGGUGAAGGCGAAGGAGACAAUGUCGAUGUCAGCGAUGCCGAGGAUGCCGAAUUGAAAUAUGGUUCCACAGUGACACUUUAUCGAUUUGGAGAUGUUGGUCAUUUACCACGUGAAUUGUUAACACAAUAAUAAUUGGAUUGAUUGUGUUUCUUUCUUACGUGUGUGUGUCUCCCUUAUCUUCUUUGAUGAACUAUUUCAAAUAUUUUGAACAUUGACACAUUGUACAUAACCAUUUAAACAAACAAACAAGAUGACUUAUAUCUUUUUUUGUGAUUAUUGCACCUGAUUUGUAAGAUUUGAUUUUUUUUUCUGAUCAUUUUCUGUAUAUAAAAUCGAUUGAGAUCAAGAUUGUAAUUUUUUUCUCUUUAAACAUUCUUGACUUUAUGAACUGAUUUCGUUGUAAUGUGUAAAUGAUGAUGCCUGUGUAUAGAAUUGUCAGGGAGACAUAAAUGAAAUCAAAGCAUAACUACGUUGCUGCGCGCUGAUUGGCUAAUUUCCUAUCCAAUCAGCGCCUGAUCGAAUCUUAGAGAACAGGGUAGAAGAUUCUCGUACUGUUAGCUGCGUGCUGAUUGGUUAAAUCUAUAAUCCAGUCGAUCACGUGAAUUACUACUAUCCAGAAGCUUCUCAUGUAUAUGCUAUAAAUAGACUAACGUUGUAUCCAUUUUUGGCCUUCGCCUUCACCAUCACCUUUGGCUUCUUAUUUCCGUU